UACGGAAUAUAUGUGACAGUCUAUUAACUUCCGCUGAUCGAGCACCAACUGUCGGAAGUGGUUCCACUCUUCCGUCACCUCGAAGCCGUUAGGUACGUCGCGCUUCACGCGACCAGAAGGAGGCUCUUCACAAGAAGCCGUUUCGGGGUUGUUAGAUCGAAAAGAAAGAUUCCUGUCAACACGGUCCUGUGGCGCAACGGAUAACGCGUCUGACUACGGAUCAGAAGAUUCCAGGACCGACUAAUAUCUGCGAAUGUAUUUCUCAGUAUGGAUACUCGUGCUUGUACAGUUCACACGUACACAACACAUUUUCACCGAGGAACCGCUUCUGGAUUCGCCCCGAGGGCCAUGCGAGGGCUACGAACGUGGCGAGGACGAUCUUCAAACGUUCGAUUUUAUAAGCAAAUUGAAACUAGACCUUCUGGAGACGCAUUACUCUGGCGUGACCCGCGUUAGAGGUAGCAAUCGCAUGCAAACAGCCUACAGAUUGGAGAAAGACACCGACGUCACUUUGCCAACAAAAAAUAUACUUCCCAAUGGAUUGCCAGAGGAAUUCAGUGCAGUCUGCACGUUCAGAGCCAGGAAACUGCCUAAAUAUACUUGGCACGUUAUCCGGAUCGUCGACAUGAGAAACGAGCCCCAGUUUUUAAUCGCUGCGAAUCCAAAAAAUCUGACUCUCGAUCUUUCUGUGAAGGUCCUUACAGGAGAACUCCAGAUGGUAUCGUUCCCAGCUGAUCGCAUGUUCGAUAAAAAUUGGCAUAAAAUUAACAUUGGUGCCUUUAAGGAUAAAUUAGUGGUCUAUAUAGAUUGCGAGUAUGCUGGUACGCAGGAAACGGAAGCACGGGGACCGAUUAAAGUCGAUGGUGAAAUCUCGGUAUCGAAGAUGUCCCAUAGCGAACUCACAGUACCGAUCGAUAUACAGUGGAUGGUCUUAAAUUGCGAUCCUACGAGACCGGAGAGGGAGAGCUGCGAGGAACUACCGAAGAGCCUUAGCAGCCCUUUAUUACCUCAGAGGAGACCCAGCUGCGAAAUUAUCUGUCCACAGGGACCUCCUGGAAUUAAUGGUACAAAUAGCAAUAAAAUUUUCUUUGUUAAGGGCUUGCCUGGUCUAACAGGAUUACCUGGACCACCCGGACCAGUGGGAGAACCCGGUUUACCUGGACGCUCUGGUUUACCUGGCCCCAUUGGGGCAGAAGGCAAAAUAGGUCCGCAAGGUAUUACUGGUGCUCGGGGAUUCCCUGGCAGUCCAGGCCCAAAAGGAUCGAUCGGUCCAAUUGGACCACCUGGAGCUAAAGGGGAAAUCGGAGAAAGAGGAGAUAUGGGCUUUGCAGGACUGAAAGGAGACCAAGGAUUACCAGGACCACGAGGGUAUCCAGGUUCACCAGGUCCACCUGGCCCACCUGGAAACAUCAGCGACUAUCGUGAUACUUUAUCACCAGGUCCUCCAGGGAAUCCGGAACAGAUCGGUUCGAAGGGCGAAAAAGGUGAUCGAGGUCAAAAAGGUGAAGUAGGAGACAGAGGUUAUCCUGGACAAGACGGUUUUCCUGGCCCAGAAGGUAAAUCAGGUCUUCCUGGACUUCCUGGUUCUAUGGGAGUUUCUGGUUUACCUGGAACUCCAGGUUCUCAGGGGUUACCAGGUCCUCCUGGUGAAAUCGGUGCACCUGGACCGCCUGGAAUUCAAGGAUUAAAAGGAGAACCCUGUCAAGAUGGUUUACCUGGAUCAGUUGACGGUUCCGCAAUACCAGGACCACCUGGUAUACCUGGGCAAAACGGUCCUCCAGGACUGCCUGGUAUACCUGGGGAAAACGGUCCUCCAGGAUCACCAGGAGUACCUGGACCUAUCGGACCCCCGGGUUUACCAGGAUUAGAGGGAAUAAGUGGUCCUCCAGGUUUGCCAGGAGUUCCGGGUUCAGUUGGUUUACCAGGAAAACCAGGACCUCCUGGGCUCAGUGAUAUUCUAGGACCGCCAGGACCACCAGGACCACCAGGACCACCAGGAGUUGAUGGGAAACCUGGAGAAGAAGGUCCUAUUGGACCAUCUGGUUUCCCUGGAAUCACUGGUAUGCCAGGUUUACCGGGCGUUGCUGGUAUGCCAGGAUUAGAUGGACGACCUGGGCCUCCAGGUGUUCCGGGUCCCCCUGGACCCCCAGGACUAGCAGGGUUAGAUGGGGAUAUGUUGAACACAAAUAAUGUCUUGGAAACCAUUGGUAGUCCAGGAGUUAGUGGGCCAAGAGGUUUACCAGGUUUUCCUGGAUUGCCGGGUGAAAGAGGUCCUGCUGGAGAACGAGGACCAGAAGGUAAAAUCGGACCGCCAGGAAUACCGGGGAAGGAUGGAGCUUCAGGUUUGCAAGGACCACCUGGAAUUAGGGGACAAACGGGAAUGCCAGGUUUUCAGGGACCACCAGGAAGAAGCAUCACCGAUUCAGAAAUUCGAGAUAUAUGUGCCAGUGUGUUAAGAGAGCAGAUGACUGAGAUGGCAACACUGAUGCAAGGUCCACCUGGUCCUCCUGGCCGAGGCCGUCCAGGUCGUCCUGGAUCACCUGGUCCUCAAGGUCGCCCAGAGCAGCUGAAAGAACUAACAGAGGGUCUACGAGGGCUUCCCGGGUUGCCAGGGCUGGCCCGUCAGGGCCAUUCUGGUCGAACCGGAACCCAAGGCAUCCCAGGAGAUCCAGGACCUCCGGGUCUACCCGGCGAGCGUGGUUUUGUAGGAUUACCUGGACCGCAAGGUUCUAUGGGUUCCCAAGGUCCACCCGGCGAACAGGGAGAGAAAGGUGAUAGAGGAGCGGAAGGCGUUGGCGUGGAAGGUCCAAUGGGACCAAGAGGAUUACCAGGGCCACCUGGUAAUGAUGGUGUGGGUCUAUCUGGCCGGCAAGGAGAGCGGGGAGAACCGGGCAGACCAGGCAUUCCUGGGAUAAGAGGGCCAGUUGGACCGCAAGGAUUACCAGGAUUUUGUGAAUUAUGUAAUUAUCCAAAUGCCAAUUAUUUACAACAUACUCGUGGUAACGAGAAAGGGCCUUAAAUUAAAAUUCAAUAUACUUUCGCGGGAGUAAAAUGCGAAAUUUUUAAAUAUCAA